AUGUUCGCCACCACUAGCCUACCCUCCUCCACCUCCUCAUGGCGCCAUCAUGUGCAGAAUCAGGAGGAAGACCUUGUGCGCGAGCUCAUGCAGGCCAGCAACGUGGAUGCCGUACUGGCGCGCAUGGAGGGAGACCAUUUCCGCCACCUGUCUCCCAUCAUGCGCAAGCUGACCUCCUUCGACCCCGAUGUAUCCCCAGCACCUGCCUUUCCUCGCGCCGGUGCACCGCCGCCACCGCCACCGCCACCAGCACGGGAGCCAUCCGCGCCACGCACCUACGGUGGCGGUUUCGGCGGCAGCGUGGGCUGGGAUGCGCAGUCAUCCCAGUCGAUACUGCAGCCCUCCGACCUCUAUGUGCCGCGGUCGUAUCAGCCGGCCUCACCAGCCUCUACCUCGUUCCACCUCGGUAUGCGCGAUGGUGAUGCUGCUGCGUGGGCAUUGCCAACAGCGCGUCAGCCGCCGCCACCGCCGCCGAUGCGGACACCGUCAUCGUCUGCGUAUGGUGGUGUCGCGCGUGAUCUACUCGACGCGUACCGGCGCCCGGCUGGCGAGGCCACCGCUGCCGCAUCUCACCUUGAUCACGAGAUGGAGUCCCGCUAUCAAACGACGAUCGACUCAUGGCUAUGCCCCGACGCUGAGAUGCAGGCGAGACGUGCCGUGCGCGACGAGGAGAGGCCUGGCGCUGGUCGCCAUGCAAGCCCGCCAGCCGCCUCGCAGCAGCUGCACGCGGACCCCGCUCUCGAGCACACCGCUGCUGCGAGUGGCAUGUUGCCGCCUCCAACAGUCAGCAGCUCACUGCCUGCAAGCGCGGGCCGCUACCACGGUAGCACUGAGGGACGGUUGCCGCACGUGACGACGCGGGUGACAUCUGCGUCACCGCACCGCCCCUCCGCAUCUCUCGUUGGCGAAGCCACGGGUGAUGUGGGUGGGCUCGAGAACGCUGCGCAGUCACGUAUAGCUCGCCAACUGCAGCUGCUGCGCAACUACCGCCAACUGGCCGAGUUGUGCUCGCGCACUGACAACCCGAGCACUGACCUCUUCCGCGCCUUGCCGUCGGAGGAGCUUGCGCGCAUGCAGGUAGAGCAGCUGAAAGGGCUGGCGCAGCGAGAGCAAAGUCCCAUCACCGUGAACAACAACUACUACUUCAACGGCAGCGACGACAGGCAUGGCAGCAGCCGGCGCGGCCGCGGCGUCGAUGGCGGACGGUCGCGCGGCAGCAGCGACGAUCCUUUUGGGGUUAUUCACGGCAAGCCGAACACUGGCAUGGCGCCGGGCGACGCUCGCUCCGUGUCGGAAGUGUUCACGGGAGACAGCCACCUCCACGGCGUGACGGGCUACCGCCCAUCCGGGGCCUUCUUGCCGCAUUCACAGAGACCGCCGCUGCUGCAUUCGCCACGCGCCGUGCCGCUUCAAUCGCCGCAGCCGUCUUCCGGGCCGGACUCUCCCGUGGCGACGCCACCGCUCUCGCAGCGCGGCGGCAACCUCGCCCCGCCCUCGCCGAGCCGCUCACAGCGCGGCCGCAGCCAUGGUAGUCGACUGUUCGAUGCUCACUACACCCCGACGGCCACCACCGAAGAAGCCGGCUCGAGCUACGACGAGGGGAACGCUGAGGACGACGAUGAGGACGACUACGCCGGCGACUGCAUGGACAACGGCGGCAGCGAGGACGAGGAGUACGACGACACCGGCACGGGGUACAGACGCCCGCCGCCGCGCAUUAUCGAGCGCGAGCAGCACCGACGCUUUCACAACGUGAGCAACGGCGACGACGCGUCCCCGUCGAGCGCUGCGGGCGGCACGACACAGCCCCCGUUAGCCCCAACCACCUCCCAGCUGGAGCAUCAGCGUCACAGCAGCUACUCAGGCGACUACGUCAACAGUCAGUCUUUGACGACCAUCAACGAGCACGUCCAGGACGCAAGCAACAGCGCCCCGCCUCGCAUGUGCAGCGGCUCCGCCAUGUUUGCGGGUGGUGGCGGGCGGAACAGUACGGGUGGGGGUCCGGGCAGCGACGGAGGACGAUACAGCGUGUCCAGCGCCAUCAACGUUCUUUCGGGAGAUCAGGAACUACGCGCCAACGCACAGCGGCAGAACGGCGGCAGCAGAGGCAGCCACGGAGACCGCCGCACCUCUCAGCACCUCGCCGUACCGUCGCCGCGUUCGCUCCAACAGCAGCGGCGCAGCUUGUCGACUGGCUCCAGUCCGGUGGCGCCACGUGGCGGCGGUGCCUUGACAGAUCCGGAAGUGUCGCCGAGCUAUCUCCCACUGCAUGACCCCUGUCGAGCAAACCGAGAGCGCGAGGGCAGCACGCAAGGAUCGCUUACGUCUGUGAGUCGUCGCGGUGGCAAUACGGAACGCCGUACGCGCCCGACGCCUACACCGGAGAAGAGUCCCACCGGGGGAAGCGGUACCAGCGGGGCGACGGCACCCUGCCCUCAAGGCAAUCGCCAGCCCAAGGAGCGUGGUGGCCCAGACGGCAAGUCGUGCUCUCUUUGGAUGGACGGGGCCUGGCGUAGAGGGCGGCGGCGCGGCGCUGACGCGAACGACGACAGCAACAGCGACGACCACGACGUGGACAGCGUGCGCAGUGGAACCUACGGCAGCGACAGCGACGAUAGCGCGUGCGAUACCCCCGGUAAUCCGCAGCUGCAGACACACAGGCCCCGCUCCUCGGCGCAGCGCCAGCGACACACAAGUCGGCGCCACGGCGAGUCGCGUUCGGCCCUGGGUCGUGGCAAGCGCGGCAGCUGCCGCCGUGGGUAUGAAGACCGCGACAGUGAUGAUGCGCCGACGCCGCGCGGUAAAGUCCGCUUCGGUCGCAAGCACUCCUCUGCCACGACGCGCGCGUACCCCACACAACGUGGUCGCCGGGCCGGGGGCGACGGCGGCGGUGGCAGUGGUGUUCGGCGCCAUGACGCAGACGGCGAUGGCGUGGAUAACGUGCGGUCCGCUGCGUCCUACUCGUGCAGCUACACCACCAGCUCCGACAUCAGCGACUACGUGCCGGGAAGCUACUACAGCCCCAUCCGGUCAGGCCAUCUAGGUGGCGGCCGCAGAGGCGCACGUGGUGGCAUGAUUAACCCGGGCAGGCCUCUUCGUGCCUCUACGCAGCUGCUGCAGCCCCACCCGAGCUCGAUUCGCAGUCCUGUUGGUGUGCAAGGUCGUUAUAACUGCGGGGGGCGCGAGGGCGCCACUCAAGUGGUGUACGGCGGGCGCGGCCGUGGGGGGGCCAUGCUGGGGCCGCGCCAAGUUGGCGUGCCUGGCGCGUCCGCAUCCGGGGCAAGCAACGGAAACUGUCAGAGCCUUGGCUCGCCUGGUCGAUAUCCUGCACUAGCGGGAAGCGGCUUGCCUGGAGGUGACCGCAGUCCGUACCGCGGCGGCGGUGUUCUCUCUCACCAACGCGUGGCGUACCAGCAGCAGCAGCGACUGCGCGGCGGCUUGCACCCUGCCGUGGGCGCCGGCGCACGAGGCCCGAGCAUGGCCAUGGCCGGUGGCUCUGCCGGGCUGGUGGGCGGCCUUACACGCCUGCCGGAUGGCCGCGUCGUCCCCGUGGCAUCGCCCGAGGCACGCUGGUACCAGCAGGCAAUGCGCAUGAUGGCGGCUAGAACCCCUGGUGCGCACACAAUAUCACCGAUGAAGAUGGAGCAGCCGAUUCGGUACAACCGCAGCCCCGACGUGUAUCCAACUGGUCUGCCUUACGCUGCGCGUCUCGGCGGCAGGCCCUUCUCCGUGACUCCCUCGCCCGUUAAAGUCGGUCGUGCGGCGUCGCCGUCUGUGGCUGCGAGCGUUUCCAUGACAGCCCACAGCAACUACGGUGCUGGCGACAGUAGUGCGCACAUUCAGCCCGGCCUGCUCUACGGCUCCCUCCUUCCCAAGGCCCGUCCUAAGACAGCGAUGGUGGUGAAGGAAGAGCAAGGUCGCUCGCACAGCGUUGACCCGUACGGCGACGCGAGCCACGCGCCGCUGCUCGAUCGUGGCAGCGUCUGCCCCGUGCAGCCGGUCCCCAGCAAUGGCAGCCAGCCAUGGUGCCUCGGCAGCGGCGACAACUCGGAGGUGGACGCGUUUCCGAUCGCAGGCGUCGCGGUGAAUGGAAGCGCGAGCACCAGCGUGCUGCCACUAGCAUGGAAGUCUAGCGGCUCAGGCCGCGUGGUCAGCCGCACGGGGCACGUCCCCGUCGCACCGCGCGGCAAGCUGUCCUCUCACUACGUUCCACCCGGCUCGCUUAAUCAGCGGAAUCAACCGCAGCAGCUGCCGUCAGUGCACCCUCAACAACAGCCGCCGCGAAAGGCGACAGUGACGAGUGCGAGCUCGCCUGCCGCCUCACUGUCGCGCCUGCCCAGUGACGCCGCAAGGCCGACCGUCGCGGCGGCGAGUGUCAUCAGAAAGCCGUCGCCGCAGAAGCAGCAGCAGCAGCAGCAGCAGCAGCGGUACCAACCACUGAACCCCACCGAUGCUAAGCGGAACGACUCUGUGUUUUCUCUCCAAAGUAGCCGCCCGCGCUACAACGAGGCCCCCACGCCGGCGGAGAUGUACAGCAAAGCCAUUCAGUCGCGCCGCGGCAGUCUCGGCGGCGCCAACACGCAGCAGCGGUACGUUCCUUUUCCAGAGACUCUUGAGUCAGCGAAGCGCAGUCGCCGCGAGGCCGCUCUGCCGCAGCAGCAGCAGCAGCAGAGCCUACCAAACUCGAGUAAGCGAACCGCAGCAGUUCGCAGCGCCACCUUGCAGCACUUUCGUAUCAGGUCGCUGCAAGGGUACAACGUGCAGUGA